AAGCCCUUGAACAAUUAAUAAAGGAGCACUACGAUUUGGAGUCAUUGGGAGUAGAGCCGCGCCGACCUCAAGCUGACCCUGAAAUCCGCGCAUUGCAAAUAUUGCAGAAAACAACCAAAGCGCUAACCGAGGGUGGCUAUGAAACAGGUCUACUAUGGAAAGAAGAAGAGUUUUGACACCGCGGCUGAGGCGAACCGUGUGGCUCAGGCAGUGGAUGCUGUACACCGUCGAGGCAACUUCAUGCUGCAGAAGUGGGCAUCGAAUGACAGCAACGCCAUCGCCGGUCUCGCAGUAGAGCCCAUGACUCCUAAUGUCAACAUCAACGAAGAAGAAAAAAUAUUGGGGCUCGUUUGGCGAAUAGCCGACGACACCCUGGGUUUUAAUUUAUCUAAAUUUUCCUUCAACAAUAGUAUUACUAAACGUCAAUUGUUGAAAGAAGUUAUGUCUCUCUAUGAUCCUUUAGGCCUUGUAACGCCAAUUACCAUCCAAGGCAAACAAAUAUUACAAGAGGCUUGGCGCAGUAACGUUGGGUGGGAUGACCCCUUACCAUUUAAAUUAGACCAAGUUUGGCAGACUUGGUUAAUUUCUUUGCAAGGUUUAAAGGAUGUAGCACUACCCCGAUGUUACCCAUUAUUUAGUUCAGCAGAGACACUUGAGCUGCACGUUUUUGUUGACGCGAGCGAAGUCGCCUACGCCGCUGCGGCUUAUUGGCGGUCAGUAAACGACAAAGGCGAGGUACAGGUCUCGCUCGCGGCAGCAAAGGCACGUGUGGCCCCCAUUAAGAUUGUUUCUAUACCUAGACUUGAAUUACAGGCAGCUGUUCUGGGUGGUCGGCUGGCGCACGCCGUCGAGCUUCAUCACUCGCGUCGCCCGGAUCGUCGCGUGCUGUGGACUGACUCGCGCACCGUGUUGUCGUGGCUGCGCGCGGGCUCGCGUUCAUUCAAACCCUUCGUAGCGCACCGCGUGGCCGAACUGGAAGAUACCACAACGACCUCGGAGUGGAGAUGGGUGCCCACAGCUGACAACGUCGCCGACGACGCUACUCGUCGCGUACAGACCGACUUCACAGCUGCACAUCGUUGGUUUCGAGGCCCGGAAUUUCUAUACAAAGAAGAAAAACUCUGGCCGCACGACAAGGGCCCGCUCCAUUCCACAGAAACUGGCGAAGAACGUGUGACUGCGACCACCAUUCGCCCGCAACUCAAAGAUGCCCUACCCGAUGUGUCGAGAUUCUCAUCCUGGAUCCAUCUAAUCAGAUCAACCGCACGCAUACUGCAAUUCAUCGAUCGCUGCAAAACCCACACCGUCACCGCCAUGCGUAGAAAACGCACUCGCUGCACUCCAUCUGAGGACCCUGACUGGACAGGUGUCCAACCCCGGUCAUCCCGCGCUAGCACAAGAACGACUUCACAGCGCAACCACAGCAAUGCUAACGCCUCCCGCACCUACGUGCCCCUCGCAGCCUUUUACACGCGCCGCGCUGAACUCAUAUGGACACGCGCCCUUCAGGAAGACUGCUUUUCGUCGGAGCUACGUGACAUCACCGGCGGGAGGAGACUAUCUACUGACAGUCGCCUUCGACAUCUAUCCUUGACUACGGACCAAAAUGGCGUAAUGAGGUUACGCUCUCGAACUGCCGCCGCGACUGAUAUCAACGAGGAAACUCUGUCCCCAGCAGUGUUAGACGGAGACCACGCCUACAGUCGACUGUAUAUAAACUGGAUCCACCGAAAGUUACAUCAUAGCGGCGUCGAAUGCGUUACAAAUGAGAUACGCCAAAGAUUUUGGAUGCUACGCAUUAGACCCACAGUAAGAGCAGUCAUCAGACGAUGCCAGCCCUGCAGACUGCGCCGUGCCACGCCUCCUGAACCGCUGACGGGGAACCUGCCACCGUGUCGCCUCACCCAUCAUCAGCGUCCAUUCACACAAACAGGAUUGGAUUAUUUCGGGCCGCUUUCAGUCACCAUAGCGAGACACCAUGAGAAGCGCUACGUUGCCUUAUUUACCUGCUUGACGACAAGGGCAGUUCAUUUAGAAAUAGCGUCGUCACUCUCUGCUGAUGCUGCUGUGCUCGCACUACGUCGUAUGAUGGCUAGACGUGGUUGCCCCGACACUGUAUGGAGUGACAAUGGUUCUAACUUCCACGGAGCUGAUGCUGAACUACGAAAGGCAGCCCUAACCUCUAUGAAACAAGAAGCGGGCAUUCGACAAAUAAACUGGCACUACAUUCCUCCAGGUGCACCGUUCAUGGGCGGAGCUUGGGAACGGUUAGUGCGUUCAGUUAAAACCGCACUGACGGCUACAUUGCACGAACGUCACCCUCACGAAGACGUCCUCCACACUCUACUUACGGAAGUCGAACAUACGAUUAAUUCUCGACCACUGUCACACGUGUCGGUCGCACCGGAAGACGACACCGCCUUAACCCCUAACCACUUCCUAUUAGGGGGUCCUUCAAAGGUUCCAUUACCGGGCGCAUUUACCAAGGUAGACGAGCUUGGACGGUCGCAUUGGAAAGCUGCUCAACGAUUGGCUGAUCUAUUCUGGCAGCGCUGGGUGCGAGAAGUCCUACCUCUCCUUCAUCAUCGGCGGGAGCCGCAUGGUCACGGCGAGGCGGUAAAAGUAGGCGAUGUGGUCGUCAUAGUGGACUCCACGUUACCACGAAACGUAUGGCCGAAGGGAAGGGUGGAGCAGGUCUAUCCAGGCGCGGACGGAGUAAUACGAGUCGUAGACGUCAAAACUAAGAAUGGCCUAAUGCGUCGCCCGACUAAGCGUUUAGUUAUAUUGCCAGUAGAAUGUUAAGCUGCGUUGUUUGUAUAAUUCUCCAAAAGUCAGAUUUGUAAUUCAUUUAGUCUAUAACUUCAAUGUAAUAAUUCAAGUUAUCAUUGAACUUUAUUAGUUAUAUUCAUAAUUUGUUUAAUCUGCCUAUAACUAUACUAGUUGUUGAACUGUAAUAGUUGUUGUAUACAUGACGCGUUUUGUCGUGGGCUUGUCACGACAUAGUAACUCAAAUUAUUCCUUACAAUCGAUAAGCUUAUAUUACGGUACAGCGCGUCAUUGUAUUCAUUGGAAAUUAUGUUCCUGUGUAAAUCAUUUUAUUCAUUGGAAUUAUGUUCCUGUGUAAGUCAUUGUAUUCAUUGGAAUUAUGUUCCUGUGUAAGUCAUUGUAUUCAUUGGAAUUAUGUUCCUGUGUAAGUCAUUGUAUUCAUUGGAAUUAUGUUCCUGUGUAAGUCAUUGUAUUCAUUGGAAUUAUGUUCCUGUGUAAGUCAUUGUAUUCAUUGGAAUUAAGUUCCUGUGUAAGUCAUUGUAUUCAUUGGAAUUAUGUUCCUGUGUAAAUAAUUUUAUUCAUUGAAAUUAUGUUCAUGUGUAAAUCAUUGUGUUCGUUAGAAUACUUAUAUGUUUUGUGUACGUCAUUGUAAAUGUUAGCAUUUAUUGUAUAUUUCCUUGUACACCGAGCUAUAACUUGUACCAGUUAGCUAAGUAAGGACCACUCAAGUAUUAACUUGUCAUCAACGGGAUUACAUGUAUCGGUAGCUGAAUACUGCCUAUAUGUUUACUGCGUUCACACGGCGGGAGGAUGUUACCGAUACAUAAGUCGUUCCCUGCAUUAAUUUAUACUGUGGGCUGGCGGCAAUGCGUAUGCUUUUACUAUACUGGGACACGCGCAAAUAACGCGCCUUAUUUGGUAAUGUUCGCGGUCCUCGAUCGUGAUUGGCGCUCGCAGUCGCUAUAGUCCGUUGAUAGCAUCACGCGUUCCCGCUUCCCGCGCCCGCUCUCAAGUCAGUCUGUGUCGUCGUUCGUCUUGUAACAAUCGUGUGUGCUAAGAUAAAUAUUCCGUGAUUGUAAAGUGUUAAGGCUCCUCAUUGUACGAUAAUAAACGCUGUUGUACCUACCUAA